CCGGCCACUUCCACUCACUGCACUCCAGAGUCCAGCGUUAGACACGAACGGUACGAGAAACAGUAGCCGGAGAAAGAGCUCCUAGCUAGUCCAGUAGUCCCGCGAGGCUAGCUUGUCAAGAGAAAGAGAGAGGAAACAUGGCGCCGGCAUUGUCGUUCCCGAUCAUCGACAUGGGGCUGCUCGCCGGGGAGGAGAGGCCGGCGGGGAUGGAGCUGCUGCGCGAUGCGUGUGAGAACUGGGGCUUCUUCGAGAUCCUGAACCACGGCAUCUCGACGGAGCUGAUGGACGAGGUGGAGAGGCUGACCAAGGACCACUACAAGCGGGUGCGCGAGCAGCGGUUCCUCGAGUUCGCGAGCAAGGCGCUCAAGGACGACGACGGCGGCGACGCGCAGGGCGUGAAGAAGGCGGAGAACCUGGACUGGGAGAGCACCUUCUUCGUCCGCCACCUCCCGGAGUCCAACCUCGCCGACAUCCCCGACCUCGACGACGGGUACCGGCGCGCGAUGAGGCGGUUCGCCGGCGAGCUGGAGGCGCUGGCGGAGCGGCUGCUGGACCUGCUGUGCGAGAACCUUGGCCUGGAGAAGGGCUACCUCGCGCGCGCCUUCCGCGGGCCCAGCAGGGGCGCCCCGACCUUCGCGACCAAGGUGAGCAGCUACCCGCCGUGCCCGCGGCCGGAUCUGGUGAAGGGCCUGCGCGCGCACACGGACGCCGGCGGCAUCAUCCUGCUGUUCCAGGACGACCGCGUCGGCGGGCUGCAGCUGCUCAAGGACGGCGAGUGGGUGGACGUGCCGCCCACGCGCCACUCCAUCGUCGUCAACCUGGGCGACCAGCUGGAGGUGAUCACCAACGGCAGGUACAAGAGCGUCAUGCACCGGGUCGUGGCGCAGACCGACGGCAACAGGAUGUCCAUCGCCUCCUUCUACAACCCGGGCAGCGACGCCGUCAUCUUCCCGGCGCCGGCGCUGGUGAAGGCCGACGAGGCCUCGGCGGCGUACCCAAAGUUCGUGUUCGAGGACUACAUGAAGCUGUACGUGAGGCACAAGUUCGAGGCCAAGGAGCCAAGGUUCGAGGCCUUCAAGUCCAUGGAGACCGAGACCUCCAACCGCAUCGCCAUCGCAUAAAAGUUGGGCCACGCGGCCAUGCACCUAGCUCUUGUUUACUACUGUUCAAGAUGUAAGCACGCAUGGGCAGGUUUACCUGAAUAAAGUCACGUAGGGCCGCUAGCUUGCACUGGGGAGAUGGAGAUGCACGAUCAUUUAUGUGUGUGUGUCGAGUGCCCCUCUACUAGCCUGCUAGCUAUUCAUGUACUCAUGUGUCGUGCCCUCUGUGCUGUAGUAUGUUUGUUACCCGAAAAGAAAUACUACCGACUAAGUAUCGCAUUGCAUGUUUCA